CUUUGCAACAGCAGUUUCGGGAGGAAGAGCUAGCAAGUCAAUUGCCAGCCAUUCGUAAACGUAGCUAGCUACAUAUUCGUAUUUAUUGGAGACCCUCCGACAAUAAACCACCAAGAUGUUCAACAGAAUGACAAGCCUUUGGAUGGGGGAUCUGGACCCAUACAUGGAUGAGAAUUUUAUCAAACAGGCCUUCAGCACUAUGGGCGAGACGGCGUAUGGCGUUAAGAUCAUUACCCACAGAGUAACGGGAGGAUCGGCAGGCUAUUGCUUUGUGGAAAUGGCAGACGAAGCCAGCGUUGACCGAUGCGUUCACAGACUGAAUGGGAAGCUAGUUCCUGGAUCAAAUCCGCCCAGAAAGUUUAAGUUAAACUAUGCAACUUAUGGGAAACGGCCAGAAGCUGGCCUGGAAUUUUCAGUCUUUGUCGGAGAUCUGUCUUCAGAGGUGGAUGACUACCAACUCCAUCAGUUCUUCCUGAAGAAGUACCCUUCCUGCAAAGGAGGCAAAGUGGUCUCUGAUCAGUACGGUAACUCCAGAGGUUAUGGCUUCAUCAAGUUUGGGGACGAGAACGAACAGAAGAAAGCCAUCGAUGAGUGUCAGAACGCCUCAGGCCUGGGGACUAAACCAAUCAGGAUCAGCAUAGCUGUAAACAAGAGCCAUAAAAUGAACAGCUAUAACAACCAGAACCAGAACUCCUACCACAACAAUUACCAACAGCCGUACUAUCAACAACCCAACCAGAGCUACUACCCUCAUUGGGGCUAUGACCAGUACAACAGCUACAACUACGGUGGCUACGGUCCCUAUGGGGGGUACCCCCCUCCAGGCCCCCAUGGGAUGAUGGGACCCCCACCUCCCAUUGGCAUGCCUCCCAUGCCCACAGACAUGCAGACUUCCUCCGAGCAAACACAGGAGCCCACAGAUGAGCCUGAAGAAGAGGCAGCAGAAGACCCCAACCCUCAGCUGGAUGUGGAUGCACUGAACACUGAAUACAUGGAAAGGAGUGAGGAGCUCUACGAUUCACUCAUGAACUGUCACUGGCAGCCACUGGAUACCAUCACUUCAAAAAUCUCGCCUUUUUCCAGUUCCUGAUCUGUUUCAACUUGUCCUAUGAAUUUAGUAUGAAAUGUAUCUUCUCCAAAAGAGCAAAGUCGCACAGAAAAUGUCAGUUUUUUUUAUCACCGGUAGACACGCAGCAUGUUUCUGCGCUACAGCAUUUGCCAUUUGUAUAUAUUGUCUACAUCCUUCCCUGUCCUUUUUUUUUUUUUUUUUUUUUUUUUUUUUUUUAAUGGAAGGAAUGUUUUUAUUUUUCGCUGUGCACUACAUUUUCCUUCUAAAUGCUAGCUAAGUCUUUCUGGCAGUGCAUUUGUUAUUUUUUCAGAAACUGCGUUCUUCCAUUUAAUUUGUUUUUAAGUUGAUUUAAAUGAAGUAAUCAAUCUCCCAGACCUGAUUUGUUUGUAUUUAACACCAUUUUUGGUACCAUCUUAUCUUCAGGAAGAAAGAAAAACAUUUAGGUGUGACUCACUUUAUUUUUCACAAAUUAAAAACUUCCAUUUAAGCUUGUCUUUCAACAGUGUGCAUCACACCUUUUACUUGUGCUUGAAAUCUAUGGGGUUCUUUUUAAAGGUGCAAUAUACAGCAAUCGGUUGCUAAACUUCUAAUAGUUCGCCCAUAUAACCCGCUGUGAAAUAUAUUUUCAAUAAUCUGUUCGAAGCUGGUGUACCUACCUGAAAGUAAAAAUGCAAAAACUAAACUUAAGAAGGUGAAGCAUCUACUCUUUAGACUUGCUUUAAAUUUGUGAUAGAUAUAUAACUCACAUUUCUAUGUGAAUUUGGUCGUGACGGCCAAAGAGUUAAAUAUUGCCCCUUUUAAAAAAUGUGAAUUCACCUUUCAUUCUCAUGAUAUACAGUUUCUCUAUUUGUCUUAGACUUUUUUGUGCCUGGAGCUUUUGGAAUAAUUAUAUUAUUAAAGCUGACUUGGGGAAAAACAG